AUGCAUCCCCGUCUUUUUACAUCUCUCAUUCUGCUUGACCCCGUGGCAAACAGAGUCGAAUUUCUUGUGGAUGAAGCUUCCAAACAGGCAAAGGUCAAAAUUCCAGUUUCAACCCUCGCCUCAACAUACCGACGAGAUCUCUGGCCAUCACGAGAAGCUGCUGAAAAGGCCCUUAAAAGAAGCAAGUUUUAUCAAAACUGGGAUCCCCGAGUGCUCAAUCGCUUCAUAAAGUAUGGACUCCGGGAACUUCCCACCGCCAUUCAUCCAUUGGAUAGCGACUCUGUCGGUCAGCCAAUAGGCCAACGGCCAGUAACGCUCACAACGACCCGACACCAGGAGGUAUUCUCAUUUUUUAGGUCUAGCUAUGGAGCAAAAGACAAUGGCAGUCAGUCUAUCAACCGUCUUACUCAUCCGGACCUUGACCCUCGAGCACAUAUGUCUACUUUCCCUUUCUACCGCUACGAAGUGCACAAGACAUUCGAGAUGCUCCCCUUUGUCAGGCCCAGUGUCCUAUACCUAUUUGCAGAGUUCUCGGAGGUCAGUAAUGCAAAACUAAACCGGGAGAAACUGGAUCAGACCGGGACUGGGGUUGGCGGGAGCGGCGGCGUUACGGAAGGAAGGGUCAAGGCGGUAUUGAUGGAGAAAGUAGGACAUCUAAUACCCAUGGAGGCUGUUGGCCAAACAGCAGAGCUGUGCACAAGUCAGAUAAGUACGGAGAUGGAGCGCUGGCGCAAGGAAGAGGAGCAGUUUAUCAUAGAAUGGAAGAAGAAAUCUCCCAUCGAGAAGGUAACCGUUGAUAAAGAGUGGAUUAGGCAGGUCGAUCGACUACAUGCACGGAAUCCGGCUAAGAAAGCCACAGUUGGGGCAAAAUUAUAA